AUGUCUCAUUUAAAGAGGAAUAAAAUUGUCCAAUAAGAAAGCAAUUUAGAUUAAUCGCAAAAAUAAUAAUUUUAAGUUGAGGGAUUAAAUUAUCAAGCAUUUCAUUAAUACAUUGAAAACAAAUUCACAGACAGCAAAUAGUUUAAAUUCUUAAAUGCUAAUGCAUUGAAUUAAAAUAUUUAUGAAUUUUAGAUUUCAUACUAAAGUUAGAAAUGGAGAAUAAGAAAAACUAGUCUCAUGUUUAAUUUGGUAGAUAAUAUGGUUGUUUAGGAUAACUUCCUAUAUUUGAUAAACUAUUUGAAAGAAAUCUUGGAGCAUUCUGAAUUUAAUUAGAAACUAAAACUUUUUUUGUAGUUUUCAGAUGUUCAAGUCAAUAAAAAGUACUUAAGUUGUUAUGUCGAUAAAAGAUCUGGAGGAAGACACAAAAGAGCUAAUUGUAGGGAAAGAUUAACUUGUUGUCAUUAAUAGUUUCAAAGAAGAUUCUUAACAUUGACUUCCGAAGGCAUAUGUUUAAGUUAUGAAUAAUUCGGUGAACAAUCCAGAAUUCGAGACAUGAUAUUGUUUGAUCAUAGUUUUCAAAUUCAUUAUGGAAAGAAAUCGACAGGUUAGAAAUAUGGAAUAGUAUUCAAGAAUAACACAAGAAAUCUCCUGGUGAGAUGUCAUAGUGAAUUUGAAUUUGUUGACUUAGUAGUUUAAACUUAAAUAGUGUUUAAUUAAAGUCAGUCUGUCAAAAAGAAUCCCUUCGAUUCCUUUUCGCCUAUAAGAAAUAGAAACUUUGCCAAAUAUUUUAUAGAUGGACAGAAUUACUUUGAUUAACUUAGAUAGGACAUUGAAGCAGCAAAGGAAGAAAUCUUUAUAACUGAUUGGUGGUUGUCUCCUGAGUUAUAUUUAAAAAGACCAUCACAUGAAAACGAAAAUUUUAGAUUAGAUAAACUAUUAUAAUAAAAGGCAAUAGAAGGUGUAAGAAUCUAUUCAAUAGUAUAUAAUGAGCCUAAAUUAGCUUUGACAAUAAAUUCACAAUAUACAUAAACAAAACUCAAUAAUCUACAUUAAAAUAUUUCAGUUGUUCGACAUCCUAACAGUGUAAUUCCAAUGUUAUGGUCUCAUCAUGAAAAAAUUGUAGUUAUAGAUCAAUAGAUUGCCUAUUUAGGUGGAUUAGAUCUCUGUUAUGGUAGAUAUGAUACUCAGUCUCACCCUUUAUUUGAAGAAUAUCAAGGGUAAUUCCCAGGAUGUGAUUAUUCAAAUAGUCGAAUUGCUGAUUUUAGAGAUGUCACUAACUUUAAGUAAUCCGACAUUGAUAGAGAGGAGACUCCAAGAAUGCCCUGGCAUGAUGUUUAGAUUAAAAUAAUCGGAGGAUCUGUCAGAGAUGUAGCUAAACAUUUUGUCUAAUAUUGGAAUUUCGUAUUAAUUGAUUUAACCAAAAAGGAUGAAUAUUCUGUCCUCUAAUUAUAGGAUAAUUUGGAAUCAUUAAAUCGAUGGGAUAGAUAUAAACUUAAAUUGUCACAGAUAUCAUCAAGGUUAGAACACUUUUUAAUGACUAAAUUGCAUAUAUCUAAUGAAAACAACUAAUACUAAUAAUAAUAAACACCUGAAUCGAGUUUAGCAUCUCCAAAUAUCAAUAAUUAGAAUGUUUAAAUUUAAUUAGUUCAAUCUUAAAUACAAAUUUAAUCAAAUUAAAAUGAAGAAAAAUAAAACUAUAUCUAAGAAGAGAAAUUAAGAACUAAAAGUGCCUCAUUUUAUCUGGUCAAGGAAGGCUUCUAAAUUGAGGAAGACAUUUUGAAUGCUAUGAAUAAAUAAUCUCAAAUUGAAGAUUCUAACUAUUUAUUUUAAGCCAAGAAAAGAACUCCAUCUUUCUAACAAGCAGAUAAACCAUAAAUUAACAAUGAGAAAAUUAAAUUAGAUGUGAGAAAGACCUCCAAAUCUGGAUCGUGUUCUAUCUAAAUUUUAAGAUCUGCUAAUAAAUGGUCAUUAGGUUUAUCAAAAAACCAUACAGAAAAUUCGAUUUAAAAAGCUAUGAUACAUCUAAUUUAACAUUCGUCUUACUACAUUUAUAUUGAAAAUCAAUUCUUUAUGACUUCAUUAGCUGGGGAACCAUUGCUUAAUCCCAUUGGUCUGGCCAUUGUACAAAGAAUCAAAUAGGCCUAUUAUAAUUAACAGCAAUUUCACAUGACAAUUGUACUACCCCUAUUACCUGGUUUCGAAGGAGAGAUAGAUGAUACUAAAGCAAAUUUAAUGAAAUUAUAACUUCAUUAUGAAUAUUAUAGUUUAUGCAGAGGAGGAUAAUCUCUAAUUGAAUAAUUAAAAGAUAUCCCAAACAUUAAUUCCUACUUGACUAUUGCUGGAUUAAGAAAUCAUGGUGUAAAUUCCAAGGGUCAACCAAAAACAGAAAUAGUUUACGUCCAUACAAAAUUAAUGAUUGUUGAUGAUUCAAUUGUGUUAUGUGGUUCAGCAAAUAUUAAUGAUCGAAGUUUAAAAGGGUCAAGAGAUUCAGAAAUUGCUAUUCUAAUUGAAGAUUCUACAAAAGUAGGAGAUGGGAGAAGAUUUGCAUAUGAUUUGAGGAGAGACUUGUAUAAAGAACAUUUUCAGAUUACUGAUUAUCGCAAACCCAAUGAUCCUGAAUUAGUUAAGUAAAUACAAGUUUAGAUGAAAAAUAAUACACUGUUGUAUAGAAAAAUCUUUGCAUGUUAUCCAGAUGAUUCUGUCCUAACAUUCCGACAACUAAAAUAAUUUAAAUCUAGUGCUAAUUUAUAGAGCUAUUUUGCUUUGUAACAUGAAAUUGUAGGGUUUGGAGUAGAAUGGCCUCUUGAAUUCUUAAAAGAAGAAUCUUUAAAACUUCCUGUAUUCGCUAAGGAAGUUCUGGUUCCAGAUAUUAAUUUCACAUGA